AUUAUGACUGUCACGCACACGCUCACGCACGUGCGUAAGUCAUUGUCAUGGUAACAGAGGCUAUAUAAGGCCAUCGGCCCAUUCUGAAUCCCCCUUUGCAUUUGACCUUGGAGACAAGUUGCUGCAAACUCUGCUGUGAGAAGCUCACUUUUGGAAAGAGACUCCUUUUUGGAAAAACUAACUCUCCGGAUCGAUCAUCGAGUGUGGUAACCUGACGAGUCUGAAUAUGGCCCACAGGAGACCACCUCUUCACCCGGACCCCCUGCUGCUGAGAGCCGAGCAGCUUGACCUUGACCCUGAAGAUGACCUGAUCUUCAUCAACGUUCAUCCUGGACAUAUCAUUUUGAACCACAAUCCAGGUGAUCAUGUUCCAAACUUCAUCAACCCUGAUCAUCAUGAUGAUGAUGAUUAUGAUGAUGAUGUGGUUUAUGUUGCAGGUGGAGAGCCAGGCAUUCCCCAACACAUCAUCGAUGACAUUAACGACAUGAUUGACAUUCAACAAUAUAUAGCCAAGCUGGACAUUGACGACACUGACGACAGUGACGACAGUGACGACUGGACCGACAGAGACAGUGACGACUCUGGCUAUGACCCUGGCUACGACUCCAUGACUGAGGCUGAAGAGGAGGAAGAUGAGGAAGAGGACCCCCUCGAGCAGGUGCUCCCACCAGAUGGCUUCUGGAUGAGAUGGCGCCAGGUGUCUCCUCCUAUCCCUGUUGGUCCUCCCGUCCCCGCUAGUCCUCCUGCUGGUCCUCCUACCGGUCCCCCAGUCUGUCCUCCCACCGGUCCUUCCGCUGGUCCCCCCACUGGUCCUCCCACUGGUCCUCCAGGUCCAUCCUCCAUCCAGAAGAGUCCAGAAGAGUGUGUCCCCUCGACCUCAGGCCUCGGCUCCACCUGGAAGAGGAGCAGGGAGGAGAGCAGCACGGAGCCAGUAAGUACGAAGAGGCAGAGGACGAGUGCUGAAGACCGCCCCGAGGACUCGACUCCUUCAACGUCCGGCCUCAGCUCCAGCACUAACGGGAAGUUCUGGCACGGUCCUCCUGCUGGUCCUCCUACUGGUCCCCCAGUCGGUCCUCCUACCGUUCCCCCAGUCUGUCCUCCCACCGGUCCUUCCGCUGGUCCCCCCACUGGUCCUCCCACUGGUCCUCUAGGUCCAUCCUCCAUCCAGAAGAGUCCAGAAGAGUGUGUCCCCUCGACCUCAGGCCUCGGCUCCACCUGGAAGAGGAGCAGGGAGGAGAGCAGCAUGGAGUAGGUAAGUACGAAGAGGCAGAGGACGAGUGCUGAAGACCGCCCCGAGGACUCGGCUCCUUCAACGUCCGGCCUCAGCUCCAGCACUAACGGGAAGUUCUGGCACGGUCCUCCUGCUGGUCCUCCUACUGGUCCCCCAGUCGGUCCUCCUGCCAGUCCUUCUGCUGGUCCCCCCACUGGUCCUCCCACUGGUCCUCCCACUGGUCCUUCUGCUGGUCGUCCAGGUCCAUACUCCGUCCAGAAGAGUCCAGAAGAGUGUGUCCCCUCGACCUCAGGCCUUGGCUCCACCUGGAAGAGGAGCAGGGAGGAGAGCAGCAUGGAGCCGGUAAGUACGAAGAGGCAGAGGACGAGUGCUGAAGACCGCCCCGAGGUCUCGGCUCCAUCAACGUCCGGCCUCAGCUCCAGCACUAGCGGGAAGUUCUGGCACCAUCCUUUUCGGUUCACAGGAUGGAGCGAGGACACUGACUCUGACUGAGACUAAGACUAAGACUCUCUUUGUUGCAGGAAGGGAGAGUAUACACACACACACACAUGUACACACACACACACACGCACACAGACACAGACGCACACACACACACACACACACACACACACACACACACACACAGACAGUAGAAUAACUGCUCUGAUUGUUGUUUUAAUGAAAUGUAGACGCCUGCAGAAGAGGUGAGUAGCUUUAAUGUCAGCGUUUCAAAUGUUCUUCAAAUCUUCAGUGAAACAAUCAUUCAGAGAUGAGUUUCUGACUCACUCUGUGAUUGUUUUGAUUCUUGAUGAGGUGAAGCAGACAAAGGUAAGUUCACUCCUGAUCACAACAUUUCAAAAUUUCCUGUUAGUUUAGAUCACUGAUGAUUCAAAGAUGAUUUUACACUCUCUGUUAAACUCUCAUGUUUCUGUUGUUGGUUAGUUUCUGACUCACUCUCUUGUUUUAUAGACCAGAGGAGACGAUGAGGAGGAAUAAGAGCGGACAUGGAGAGAAGAAGAUCCUGGACCAGAUGAGGAGGAUGGAUGAGCACAGGAGCAGCUGCAGAGCGGGGGAGGCCUUUCUUUCAAAACGCUCGGGUUGGACUCCUCUGAGUGUUUUUUGGAUCCGUCCCCCCUCAACCACUGACACCACUGUCUACAGCCACCAGCCCAGAGAAGGAGGAGCGCCCCAACCUGACCAGCACAGAGGACGCUGUGAACUUCAGCUUCUUCUGGGCUGGAGGCUUUGGGACGCUCCUCACACACAUAUAGACUCACAGAGAGAGAUCAUCAUUUCUAAUGUGCAAGCAGAGACAUUUAUGAGAAAUAAAUGAAUCCUGAACUUUAUAACAUG